AUGACUAAGUUUUCGGUAUUUCAAUAUAGUCAACUUGAGGGUUACGAUAAACAAAAGCUCAUACUUCCUUUCCACUUGAAGAACGACGGAACACCACUUGUCUCGGCUGGGCGAGAUAAUCGACAUCUGAUAACUAUUAGCGGCUCGAAGACGUCGACAAAUUAUCCUUUGGAGUAUCCUGAAUUCAUGCUAAGAUUGGGCGGCAAAAACACGGCGGUCGCGACUCUUCCUGACAUAACGCCGCCAGAUUCUGAGGAUGAUCUUGUGAGAGCAGAACAGGAGUUGACUGAUAACCAUCUCGAUGGGCUAAUUAAGAUGAAAGAAGUCAACCCUUUCCUCAAGACAGGUGACAGCAGUCAAAUUCAUACCCGAUUUAUUGAGAAAGUCACGGUAAAGGUGGACUCGAUCAGAGAUGAUGCGGACGAGUCUAGUAUUGGGGAUGUUUCCGAACGUCUUGGUCGCGCCGACAUGAUUAGUCAACGAAUGAUAUCCCUCAGAAAAGCCUCGACAAUCAACUGGAUGAUCAAGUAUCUAACCAGAGACGAUGGUUGGAAUCUCCAAACAACUGAUGACGGUACAACCCGUACCACUGUUGCGACCGUGGACGACACAGACACCGGAGUUCCAGGUGAAGACGAGAUAUCCAAAUACCAAUCAAUCGAUUUUCCAGCAACCUUUGCCGAUCCACUCAACACUAAGAAGAUUCAAGGGAAGAACAUUGAAAGUGGAGUCGACUUUCAGACCUGGGCCAAUGAGCUUGGAGAAGUUUUACCCAGUACCAAGGGUCCUGCUGCGAGCGACUCGAGCGUGAGCCAUUGGCAAGAGAUCGUCGCUUGGGAGGAUAAAUCUUGGAUAGAUGAGUGUUGA